UCUAGCAUUUUCUUUUGCCAGCAUUGACUUUGAGCAUGGUCGUUUACAUUUCUUGCUUGGCAUCUUAGUUAUUGACCUGAAACUGAAAGUGCAGCUCUAUCUUCCUCAUUCUGAAGAAACAUGGACAUGAAAAUGGUUUCAAUUAUUUCUCCACUGAUCAUGGCCUGUGCCAAUCUUUUGCUGCAACAACCUUCUUUUGUCACUUCUCUUCCAUUCCCAUCCACCACUCCCUUGGACAAACCAGGACAUGUUCUUAAUGUUCGCCGAUCAUCAUUUGAAAUUUUCCAUCCAACGUCGGGCACUUGUGUCAUCCGCAAGUCUCUAACCGAUCCAUUAAGACUAGGCCCUUGCAGCCAAUCCGAUCCAUGGGCGUAUACGCCGCAGAAAUUCUUGACAGUGAAGGGAACAUACUUUUGUUUGCAAGCUUCGGCUUCAGGCAAACCAGCAAAGCUCGGAAUUGUCUGCACUGCACCUGAUUCUAGUUGGGAAGUGACAUCAAACUCAAAGUCACAGAUUGCAAGUAAGUCUGCAGAUGGUUCCUCUCUUUGUUUGGAUGUUGAUCCUAGCAAUGUGCUGGUCACCAAUCCAUGCUUGUGCAUAAAUGGCGACGGAGCUUGCGAGGCCGAUAACCAGUGGUUUGAGAUCAACCCGUGGAGUGUGAAACAGAAUGGGGAUUCCGGUACCCUUGUAGCGUCUAGAUUGGCUUCCAGUCCACCAUAGCUGCUGAAUUGAAAGGCUGCAGAAGAGCUUAAGCAUAUUACAUAUGAUAAAGUUGUUAGUUGAUAUAGCAACUGAAAACUACAAGUGACUACAAAGAAAAAUAUAUGAACACUGCUAAGUUGAAAUGAUAUCAUAUUAGAUAUAAACCAAUUGCAUUAGCAUC